GAAGAAGAAAGACGUAUGGCAUCUGUUGCAGCAAGGAAAGAGGAAGAAAGGAAGCGUGAAAGCCAUAAACAGACCUUACUUAAGGAAAAGAAACGGUUAACGAUUUGUAAUAUUGCACGCCAGUGGGAGAUACAGCAGAACCGAAUAGCUCUUGUGGCUUCUUUAAACCAAGAUAAAGACAACGAACCCUGUCAGAUCAAUGGCAGUGCUGCAUACGUAUUUCCUGAAGAAAGCAGGUCUCUUGAUACCAUAUUGAGCAGUGCAGUACAAGGCUUGUCUGUUCUUGAGUCUCAUUUAGUGGAAGUGGAAGGAGACACUCUUUGCUUGUAUGGUGCUGGAGCUCUGGAGUGCCUGGAUCGAAACUGGAGUGUUCAAACAGCUGGAAUUAUUGUCACAGUCUCCUUUAUGUUCAUAGAAUUUGAUGAAAUUGUUCAAGUGUUAACAAAACUGAAGACAAAAUUUCCUAAUUCUGUGCACCUGAAGUUUAAGGAGACAAAUCUUGUGACACUGCAGCAGUUCAAUGCAUUAGCCCAGAUGCAUCAUAUUGAACAGUUGACAGUUGAUCCUCAGGGAAAUCCGGUUGUCAACUUUACUUUGUGGAAAUACUAUGUUCUGUUUAGACUGAAUCAUUUUAAUCUACAGAAGAUAAAUGGAGUAAAGGUUACUGAAAAUGAUAUUGUAAUGGCGGAAAGGCUCUUUGGCAUUCUGGCAUAUGUAGCAUCUUCUGAGCUGCCACAUUAUCGCAUGCUUUCAUUAUUUGGAGAAUCUAGGAGGAAGCAAUUCCAUUGUCUGCUGGAGGGAAAGGGAAAGAAAUCUGGGACUGGAAGUGAGGAAAGUAGUGAUAACAGAAGAAAUGGAGGAGAAAGCACAACUCGAGCAACACUGAAUUACAUGACAAAGGACUUUCAUAUGGAAAAACUUGAGGAAAUCAAGGAAAGAAAAACAUUUUGCCAGACGUACGUCGAGAACUUGGUGAAAGAAGCAGCUGACAUCAAUAUGAAAAAUGAGUCGUUGCAGAAGCUCUGGCCUCAAAUGUUCAUUGAGCUUGUCAGAGAUGCAGUGAUAGAAAUACGCAAUAAAAAUUCCUACAUGAAACUCUGCUUACAGCGGAUCACUGAUCAAAAAGAGUAGAGUCGAGGCUUGUUGUCUUGCAAGCUUUUGCUUUCAGUAUUCUGUGAUGUUUUACAAGCUUAAAACAAUAGAACAUAAAAUUACCAUCACUAUGGCAUAAUUUACCUCCCCACACCCCCAAAGGGAUGCCUUUAAAUCUUAAUUAACUCUUGAUAGUUUUGAGAUAAAAGUUUACUUGCUUACAGCUUUAACAAUGCUUCCUUGGCUAAAGUGAUGAGAUAGCAUAGAAGUAACUUGGUGAUUGUCAUGUUUUACUAAGUUCUUGUUUAUUUUUUUCUGCUACCCUUGCUUCUGUAGUGCUACAGCA